UAUAUGCAACCAUUUGAACGCUAUUAGCACCUACCACACAAUGGCCAAAGUGUUACCGACAUUAUUGACUCUAGUCAUAUGCCACAUCUCAGCUCAAAAUGCAGCAGAGCCGGCAGACAACACGCCUCCGGCGGCGGUGCCGCCUAAUGCCACCCAAGAGUUCCUAGAAGCACACAAUCAAGCCAGAGCAGCAGUGGGUGUUGUUCCUCUAAAGUGGAGCCAAAAGCUAGCCAAUGCCACCAGCCUUCUUGUUAGGUACCAACGAGACAAAAAGAGUUGCCAAUUUGCAGACCUUAGCACUAGCAAGUAUGGCGGCAACCAGUUAAUAGCCAGCGGACAGCCGGUGGCACCGCGUGAGGUCGUUGACUUCUGGGUAGCUGAGAAAAAGUACUAUGACUAUGCUAACAACUCGUGCGCGCCAGAGCAACAGUGCGGCGUCUACACGCAGGUGGUGUGGAGUAAGUCCCUCGAAUUGGGUUGUGCGCAAGCUAAGUGUGUCAAGGACAGUGCUAGUUUGACCGUUUGUUUCUACGAACCUCCUGGAAAUAUCAUAGGAGAGAAACCCUAUUAGAGUUAUGUUCUGUGUAUGCUGGGUGGAUCUAAUGAACAGCAGCUACCUUCCAAUUCUCGAUGCCUAGACCCUAUGCAAGAUGGACUCGGAUAAGUGUGUCAGGUGAGGCUAUGUGUCUAAGCAUUGGCGUAGAUGCGGGCCUGCGGCCAAAUGUGCGUACAAUUUCUUAGUUCCCUGAUUAUAGAAGACAUCUAGUUUGUUUGGUGAAUCAUCACUUUUGUUGAAUUCAAGUACUAUCAAAGCGAACAACACUCUGAAUUUUUUGUCACAUAUUAAUGAAAUGCGAAUUGUGGGAAAAAAUAUUAAAA